CAAAAUCGUCACGAUGGAAAAGGAGAACGACAGUCCCACGACCGACAGUAUUGCUUUGCUAGAGGCUCAAGGUAGCAGACGAUAACUUACUGCAAAUUAAUCAUUAUCUCUGAUAUAAUCGUCAUUGUGCAUCCCUACCGAUGAUGAAGACGACGAUGAUAUACAUUUUUGCAAAAAGUGUAAACAGGUGUUCAACAAAAUCGAAGCAUAUCUCGAGCACAAAGUCAAGCAUGAAAACUUUAAAGUUACCUACAAUCGGUCUUCUGGUGACCGACGCAUGGUUUUACCUAUGCUGGUCAAGAAAGAGCAGCCAGAAACAGCACACAGUAUGGGAGACAAGGCCCAUAACCGACAAAAUAAUGUGCAUCUUGAAGAUGAGUCUGGAACAGGACAAAAGAAAAGAAGGCGGCGUAAAAAAAAGAUGUCUCAUUUGGAUGUGCAGCUGAUUGCAGAAAAAAGUACAUACAUCUGCAACAAAUGUGAUCGUAAGUUCAACAGGGAAGCAUCCCUCAAGUGGCAUCUACAAUUUGAACACAAUGAGGAUGAAGAUAAGGAUGAUGACGAUGAUAAUGGAGAUGAUGGUGUGCCAGAUUAUAGUGAUGAUGCUCAAGAUGAAAAUUAUGUAGACAAAAGCCUUGUUACUGUUAAGCGGCCAAAGACCGAUGAUGACUAUGGAUCAAGGCCCUUUACCUGUGAUGUCUGCAGCAUGAAAUUCAAAGAGUUGCCAGUUCUCAAAGCCCACAUGCUAACCCACUCCAAUGUUCGACAAUACAGAUGUACCUAUGAGGGUUGCCCAUAUGCUUUCAAAACCAAGGGGUCACUGACAAGACAUAUAAGAAGACAUACAGGAGAAAGACCAUACUCCUGUGAGGCAUGUGGUCGCAAAUUUGCAGAGUCUGGUGCAUUAACAAGGCAUAUGCGUGCAAGGAAUCCCUGCAUCUCAAAGACGGAUGCAGACUUGCCACGUUAUGGCAAAAAGUGGUCCUAUGUACCAAACAUUCCAGCAGUUGUUGGUAGUGGUGAUGGAGUGACAGAUGAAUUUUUACCCGUGGUGCCUGGUGACACUGUGACCCUCGUGCAGGAGGGUGAGGAUGGGGAGCAGAUUAUCACCCAAGCACAGAUCAUCAGCAGCAGUGAAGAUGUUGGGGCUUUCGAAAUGGAGAUGGAGGAAGGAGAGAUUAAAGAAAGUGAAGUGGAAGACACAACUGCUGAUUUUGAAAAUUUGGCGUUAACACAGUGCAGGGUAUGCAAGGAAGAGUGUGUAGAAUUAGAAGCAUUGAGGAUUCACCUACGUACACACCUUGCAGACCUAAAUUUUCGCUGUAGCCUCUGUCAUUUUGUGGCAGAGACCAGAGAGGAGCUGCAAACCCAUCUGCAGUCUAAACAUCUCAGUCAAAUCAAGGGAAUAGAUGCAAAUUCAUUGCUGCCGUCUCAUGGAACUUCUGUUGAAAACUCAAGGCAUGAUAUUACGCCUAAAAAUGAAAGAGAGGCACAAAUUGCUGUGAAGCAGUUACUGGAGCUGGCUCAAGAUACAGGCCCUGAUAUUCAAGUGCAUGAGUCAUUGAGUGUCCGUGCCAUUUGCCGCUGCCCUGUCUGCAAUCGAGCUUUCCGUGGUGCCAGCUACAUGCGCCAGCACAUGAAGAGUCACACAGGUGACAGACCACACAUCUGUUCCAUUUGCCCCAAGAGUUUCACAACAAAAGAUGCACUCAACAAACACUUGGUUGUGCACACAGAUGAUCGCAAUUUCAAGUGUGGAGUGUGUGGCAAACUUUUCAAGCGUAUUGGUCAUGUCAAGGAACAUCUCAAGAUUCAUAAUUCAGACAGGCCAUUUGCCUGUACAUUUUGUGACAAGGCCUUCAAGACUCAUAAUGCUCUCAAAGUCCAUGUGAGAACCCACUCUGAUGUCUUCCCAUAUGAGUGUCGAAUAUGCCACAGACAUUUUCGUGAGAAAGGUUCAUUGCAACGUCACUGUCGCAUGCAUACAGGAGAACGUCCGUUUCACUGUUCAUCGCUGUGGCCGUGGAUUUGCAGAACAUGGCACACUUAACAGACAUCUAAAAGCUAAAGUGCCAUGCCAGAGACAGGCUGGCUUAACACACCUGCAGGUUGAAGACUCAGAGGCAAAACAAGCUCAGCAUGAUUCUGAUAUACCCACUGUACUGGCAGAAUUUUCUUCUGUCGUGGCAGACACCCAGCAGUACAUAGUCACUAAUGAAAUUAGUGAGGAAGACCAUCAGACAACAGAAUAUGUGGUCCUUGCAGCAGAUGAAAUUCAAAAUGUGGAAAUAGUUACCGAGGGUGAUAUUGAUCCUGCUGCCAUUCUGGAUACAAUGGUUGAUGGUGAGAAUUCUUAUGUUGUUGUCAGAGAGCCAGGCAACAACCUUCGUAUAAUUGACUCUAGCACUGGGUUGACCAUUGCCACCAUGCCAGCUGACUCAGAUUCCAUGCACGCUGUGGCCUACAUGUCAGCCACAGAGGUGGAGACUGGCUCAGUCAUGGUGCAGACAGAAAGUGACUCUGUAAGUCUGGUGAGUGACCACCAUGAUGGGGCUGCUCCACUUCACACAGCCUUGCUGGUUGACACUGAAGCAAUUGUGAAAAAGGAGGCAGAGACCAUUCAAACACAUUCUCAUAUAAUGACCUUGGAAUCUCAAACUAUAGGGGAGUCACCUGACUUGGUGGAAUCCCAGGCACAAGAAAUAGUUGUGGAAUCGCACAUCUCUGACACAGCAGAUCCAACUUCAAGUACCCCGGCUUCCUCAUCCUCUCAGAUCACAGCAUUGUCACUCCCUUCCUAGCAUGUAUUGCUUCAACAAAGGACUCUGCUGUACUGUUUGUGUCAACAUAAUUUUUCAUAGAACCCAAUAUCAUUGUCAUGGAUGAGUGCCUGUGUGUCUGUGGCUUUUGUAGAGGUCGUGCCACAGCAGUGCCGUGUGUUGUUUGAGCAUUUUCAGCAACUUUCACUUUGGAUGAUUAGUAAAAGUUGAUAAUAUUUU